AUGGCGUCGUUCACAAUCAGGGUCCCUUGUUCAUCCGCCAACAUCGGCCCAGGAUUUGAUGUCAUUGAGCGUCACCCAGAUAAUGUUGCCGCUGCUCUAUAUGGUGGCUUCGUUGGUACAUAUCUCAACGAGUUAAAGCCAGAAGACCUAGCAUGGAAAGAAAUACCCCUGAGUGAAGUACUUCCGGCCCCGGCCGGUGGCAUAGAUACUGGCGUCAAACCACCAGAGCCGCCAGUUGGAAUCGGUCAUUACAAGAAGUUCCCAUGGGCAAAGGAAAUUAAAGCCAUUGCUAUUAUUCCUGAGUUUGAGCUUCCCACGGCUAAAGCAAGAGAAGUUCUUCCUCAGACAUACUCUAGAGCUGAUGUUAUCUAUAACCUCCAACGAGCAACCUUGCUUCCUUCAGCAUUGGGUCAAUCUCCCCUUGAUCCUGAUAUGAUCUACCUCGCCAUGCAGGAUAAGGUGCACCAGCCAUAUCGCAAGCACCUGGUCCCUGGCCUUACUGAGAUUCUCAAUUCAAUGAAUCCGACCAGCCAGCCAGGCCUGUUAGGUAUUUGCCUUUCUGGUGCGGGUCCGACGAUAUUGGCCCUUGCGACCGAAAAUUUCACGGAAAUUGCUCAAAGAAUUAUAGAUAAUUUCAAGGCUAAUAACAUUAAUUGUGUUUGGAAAGUGCUGGAACCUGCGGAAGAUGGAGCUACUGUAGUGUAUAAUAGUUGA